CUCUUUCUAUCACCGGAGGAAGAUUCUUUACCUCUCCAGAUUCCUAGACCAUCAGAUACAUAGGUGAGACAUGCCUGCGGUCCCCUCCCUUAAAGACAGCAGCGUCCUGGGCCCUGUGUGCCCGCACGCUGCCAGGCUACGCGUCACCAACGGCAAUGGGGACGCCAACGGAUCCUCCAAGGUCCAGGAAGGGCUGUUACAACUCCCAACCAAGGGGGGCGUCAGAGACAAGCUAGAGGUGGACGUGACUGGAACCAUCCAGGCGGUGGGGGAGAGGAAGUGGAUCCGUCCCGACCUUCCCAGCCGGUGCACCUGGAGACUGGGGGGCAACCACGCCGACUCCCCCCACACCCAUCCUCAACAGACCAAAGCUCCUAAAAUCCUCACCAACAUCCUCCGGAGGAUCGGUGACACCCCGCUGGUGCGCAUGAACAAGAUCCCCAAGACCUUCGGCCUCAAGUGUGAAGUCUUGGCCAAGUGUGAGUACUUCAACGCGGGCGGCAGUGUGAAGGAUAGGAUCAGUCUGCGUAUGGUGGAGGAUGCAGAGAGGGCAGGACAUCUGAAACCAGGAGACACCAUCAUAGAACCCACCUCAGGCAAUACAGGUAUCGGUCUGGCUCUGGCUGCAGCUGUGAAGGGUUACCGCUGUAUCAUUGUCAUGCCUGAGAAGAUGAGCAUGGAGAAGGUGGAUGUUUUGAGAGCCCUGGGCGCAGAGAUCGUCCGUACUCCCACCAACGCUCGUUUCGAUUCGCCAGAGUCUCACGUGGGCGUGGCUUGGCGUCUGAAGAACGAGAUCCCCAACUCUCACAUCCUGGACCAGUACCGUAACCCUAGUAACCCCCUGGCCCACUAUGACACCACAGCAGAGGAGAUACUGGAGCAGUGUGAUGGGAAAGUGGACAUGCUGGUGGCAGGCGCUGGCACAGGCGGCACCAUCACUGGCAUUGCCCGCAAACUGAAGGAGAGGUGCCCAAACAUCCAGAUCAUCGGUGUGGACCCUGAAGGCUCCAUCCUGGCAGAACCAGAGGAGCUGAACAGGACAGACAAGACCCAGUACGAGGUGGAGGGCAUCGGAUACGACUUCAUCCCCACUGUACUGGACAGAUCAGUGGUGGAUAGCUGGUACAAGUCCAACGAUGAGGAGUCCUUCAACAUGUCCCGUAUGCUGGUCAGAGACGAGGGCUUGCUGUGUGGUGGCAGCUCGGGCACGGCCAUGGCAGCAGCGGUGAGGGUGGCCAAGGACCUGAAGGAGGGCCAGCGGUGUGUGGUCAUCCUGCCAGACUCCAUCCGCAACUACAUGACCAAGUUCCUGAGUGACAAGUGGAUGUUCCAGAAAGGCUUCCUGAAGGAGUCAGACAUCAUGGUAAACAAACCCUGGUGGUGGAACCUGAAGCUGCAGGGGUUGAACCUCUCUGCCCCUCUGACCGUCCUGCCCACGGUCAGCUGUCAGAAGACCAUCAAGAUCCUGAAGGAGAACGGCUUUGACCAGGCCCCUGUAGUGGACGAGGCUGGGCUGGUCCUAGGAAUGGUUACUUUGGGGAACAUGCUAGCCUCUGUGCUGGCUGGGAAGAUCAAACCCUCAGACCCAGUCAACAAGGUGAUCUACACCCAGUUCAAACAGAUCCGUCUGACUGAUAACCUGGGGAAGCUCUCUCGUAUCCUGGAGACGGACCACUUUGCCCUGGUGGUACACGAACAGAUCCAAUACUUGACGGACGGCUCCCCCAGCCUGAAGCAGAUGGUGUUUGGUGUGGUAACGGCCAUCGACCUGCUCAACUUCGUCACGGCCAGGGAGAAGAGGGAGAGGUCCUUCUCUGAGUGCAGUGACCUGUGACCGUGUCCCCGUGACGGCUGGGGUCAUGUGCGCACAAACACCUCGUGUACACACACACAUGGAACACGUUAAUUACACCUACAGCUCACAGCCAUACACAAACACACUGUGAUAUUAACGACAAUAUAAAGAAUGAGGUCGUAUGAACUUGAUUGGUGGACAAACUGUUGUUGCUGCUUUCUCAUGACAUGUGAGUCAUUUAGCAGAUGCUCUUAUCUAGAGCGACCUACAGAUAGUGAGGACAUACUGUUCCCCCCCAACUGGUCCCCCGUGGGAAUCCAACCCAUUUUCAUACUGUUCCCCCCCAACUGGUCCCCCGUGGGAAUCCAACCCACAACCCAUUUUCAUACUGUUCCCCCCCCCCAACUGGUCCCCCGUGGGAAUCCAACCCACAACCCAUUUUCAUACUGUUCCCCCCCCCCCAACUGGUCCCCCGUGGGAAUCCAACCCACAACCCAUUUUUAUACUGCCCCCCCCCCCCAACUGGUCCCCCGUGGGAAUCCAACCCACAACCCAUUUUCAUACUGUUCCCCCCCCAACUGGUCCCCCGUGGGAAUCCAACCCACAACCCAUUUUCAUACUGUUCCCCCCCAACUGGUCCCCCGUGGGAAUCCAACCCACAACCCAUUUUUAUACUGCCCCCCCCCCCCCCCCCCCCCCAACUGGUCCCCCGUGGGAAUCCAACCCACAACCCAUUUUCAUACUGUUCCCCCCCAACUGGUCCCCCGUGGGAAUCCAACCCACAACCCAUUUUUAUACUGCCCCCCCCCCCCAACUGGUCCCCCGUGGGAAUCCAACCCACAACCCAUUUUCAUACUGUUCCCCCCCCAACUGGUCCCCCGUGGGAAUCCAACCCACAACCCAUUUUCAUACUGUUCCCCCCCAACUGGUCCCCCGUGGGAAUCCAACCCAUAACCCAUUUUUAUACUGCCCCCCCCCCCCCCCAACUGGUCCCCCGUGGGAAUCCAACCCACAACCCAUUUUCAUACUGUUCCCCCCCAACUGGUCCCCCGUGGGAAUCCAACCCACAACCCAUUUUUAUACUGUCCCCCCCCCCAACUGGUCCCCCGUGGGAAUCCAACCCACAACCCAUUUUCAUACUGUUCCCCCCCCAAACUGGUCCCCCGUGGGAAUCCAACGCACAACCCAUUUUCAUACUGUUCCCCCCCAAACUGGUCCCCCGUGGGAAUCCAACGCACAACCCAUUUUCAUACUGUUCCCCCCCAACUGGUCCCCCGUGGGAAUCCAACCCACAACCCAUUUUCAUACUGUAUCCCCCCAAAUGGUCCCCCGUGGGAAUCCAACCCACAACCCAUUUUUAUACUGUUCCCCCCCCCAACUGGUCCCCCGUGGGAAUCCAACGCACAACCCAUUUUCAUACUGUUCCCCCCCCAAACUGGUCCCCCGUGGGAAUCCAACGCACAACCCAUUUUCAUACUGUUCCCCCCCAACUGGUCCCCCGUGGGAAUCCAACCCACAACCCAUUUUCAUACUGUCCCCCCCCCCCAACUGGUCCCCCGUGGGAAUCCAACCCACAACCCAUUUUCAUACUGUUCCCCCCCAACUGGUCCCCCGUGGGAAUCCAACCCACAACCCAUUUUCAUACUGUUCCCCCCCAACUGGUCCCCCGUGGGAAUCCAACCCACAACCCAUUUUCAUACUGUUCCCCCCCCAACUGGUCCCCCGUGGGAAUCCAACCCACAACCCAUUUUUAUACUGUCCCCCCCAACUGGUCCCCCGUGGGAAUCCAACCCACAACCCAUUUUUAUACUGUCCCCCCCCAACUGGUCCCCCGUGGGAAUACAACCCUAGCGUUGCAAGCGCAAUGCAUUCAUAUGAAAGUCUUAAAUCUUUGCUAUAUUUUGAGAGCUUGAUCAUAGAAUGUAGCCAGUGCCUACAGAGGGAAUUGCCAUGUUGCUUUGUAAUGUGUAUUUAAUUGAUCAGACUGUACCCCAUCCCAUGUACUGAAUCAAUAAUUGUGAAACCAAUCUUUACUGGAGAAAAAAAUUGUUUUAAUUGUGAAAACCUCAAUCAACACAUUUCAACGCUAUGCAUAAUGACACAACCCUGCACAAUUACAAACAGGUUUGGGAAACAGACCUGUAUGUUGAUGUGUUUUUUAAAGGUUCAAUGCAUCUGUUUUUAUCUGGAUAUCAAAUCAUUUCUGGGUAACAAAUAAUUAUUUUACUGUGAUUGUAUUCAAUUAAAACAAGUAGUUUCUUAACAAAGAGACAUUUCUCAAGCAAGACUUUAGCUAGGACAGUUUGUGUGUGGUCUGAGUGGGGAGGGGGAAACUCAAAACUAGCUGUUGUUGGAAGAGAGGUAUGGAACAUUUUGCUGUUGGUCUAUAAAAAAAAAUUUUAUCUCAUGAUGUCACAAUGGAAAGUCUAACCUCCCGCCCAUACAAACCUGCUGAUUAGAAGGCCCUGUGUAGAUUGCAUUUUCAACCAGCAACUAUCAGGAAAUAACAUGGUCAGUGUCAUCAGCUGUAUGAUAUUAAACACAGGAAAAACAGAAUUUUCGGAAAGUGUUUUUUUUCUGUGUUUAUCUGCUGUCGCACCAAAACAGGCUGUGAUUUCAGGCGGUCUUUUCAAACAGCUCUUACCCUACAAGGGCAUCAGAAUGUUCGCGAUUUACAUUCAAGUUAUUUAGCAGACGCUCCUAUCCAGAGUGAUUUACAGUAAUGAGUUAUUUAGCAGAAGCUCCUAUCCACAGUGAUUUACAGUAAUGAGUUAUUUAGCAGAUGCUCCUAUCCAGAGUGAUUUACAGUAAUGAGUUAUUUAGCAGAAGCUCCUAUCCACAGUGAUUUACAGUAAUGAGUUAUUUAGCAGACGCUCCUAUCCAGAGUGAUUUACAGUAAUGAGUUAUUUAGUAGACACUCCUAUCCAGAGUGAUUUACAGUAAGGAGUUAUUUAGCAGACGCUCCUACCCAGAGUGAUUUACAGUAAGGAGUUAUUUAGCAGACGCUCCUACCCAGAGUGAUUUAUAGUAAGGAGUUAUUUAGCAGAUGCUCCUAUCCAUAGUGAUUUACAGUAAUGAGUUAUUUAGCAGAUGCUCCUAUCCAGAGUGAUUUACAGUAAUGAGUUAUUUAGCAGAAGCUCCUAUCCAGAGUGAUUUACAGUAAUGAGUUAUUUAGCAGACGCUCCUAUCCACAGUGAUUUACAGUAAUGAGUUAUUUAGCAGACGCUCCUAUCCAGAGUGAUUUACAGUAAGGAGUUAUUUAGCAGACGCUCCUAUCCAGAGUGAUUUACAGUAAUGAGUUAUUUAGCAGACGCUCCUAUCCAGAGUGAUUUACAGUAAGGAGUUAUUUAGCAGACGCUCCUAUCCAGAGUGAUUUACAGUAAUGAGUUAUUUAGCAGAUGCUCCUAUCCAUAGUGAUUUACAGUAAUGAGUUAUUUAGCAGAUGCUCCUAUCCAUAGUGAUUUACAGUAAGGAGUUAUUUAGCAGACGCUCCUAUCCAGAGUGAUUUACAGUAAGGAGUUAUUUAGCAGACGCUCCUAUCCAGAGUGAUUUACAGUAAUGAGUUAUUUAGCAGAUGCUCCUAUCCAUAGUGAUUUACAGUAAUGAGUUAUUUAGCAGACGCUCCUAUCCAGAGUGAUUUACAGUAAUGAGUUAUUUAGCAGACGCUCCUAUCCAGAGUGAUUUACAGUAAUGAGUUAUUUAGCAGACGCUCCUAUCCAGAGUGAUUUACAGUAAUGAGUUAUUUAGCAGAUGCUCCUAUCCAGAGUGAUUUACAGUAAGGAGUUAUUUAGCAGACGCUCCUAUCCAGAGUGAUUUACAGUAAGGAGUUAUUUAGCAGAUGCUCCUAUACAGAGUGAUUUACAGUAAGGAGUUAUUUAGCAGAAGCUCCUAUCCAGAGUGAUUUACAGUAAUGAGGGCAGACUUUUUCAGUCAAUCUAAUGUAUUUAUAAAGCUCUUUUUAUAUCUGCAGACGUCACAAAGGCCUUAUACAAUUAACUCAAAGAGCAAGCAAUGCAGAUGUAGAACAUAUUAAAUGUACCGUACUCUUCAACGAUGAAAAAUCUGAGGUUUUGUUCUGGAAUGGUCAAAUAUGUCUAGCUAGUAACUACCAAAAUAUCAUUUUUUACACAUGUCUAGCUAGUAACUACCAAAAUAUAAUUUUUUACAAAUAUGUCUGGCUAGUAACUACCAAAAUAGCCUUUUUGACAAGAUCAUAUGAAAUAGAAUGAUUGAUAUGCCAGUAUAAUACAAAGAGAGAAUUUGGUGUGCCAACAAUGUAUUUGUACGGUUGUUUAUGCUUUUCACUUUGGAUGUAUCAGACUAAAAAGUCCUAUCGGGAUUUGUGUGCUAUAAAAUCACUUUAUAAUCUUAUGAAAAAUAAAGUUGUUAAAACAUCUCUGAAUUUA